UCUCUAGCGUAUGAUUGGUUGGUCGGAUGUGACGCAGUCUCGCUCAGGCCCCGCAACGCGGAAGUGAGAAGGCUCCCCAAACACCGUCUUCUUCUUCUUCAUAGACCCGGAAGGCAGAGUUUCCCGUGUUAAACUUUGUGCAACCCACCGACCGGCACAUCGGGAGACGGGCUGAUCCAGAGAUCCGGGUACUUACCUUCACCCGAGGGGCAAUGGCGGCCAACGGGACCAACCUGCAGAAAGCAAUUGACUUGGCUAGCAAGGCAUCUCAGGAAGACAAAGCAGGAAAUUAUGAAGAAGCUCUACGUUUAUACCAGCAUGCUGUACAAUAUUUUCUCCAUGUGGUAAAAUAUGAUGCACAAGGUGAAAAGGCAAAACAGAGCAUCAGAAGCAAAUGCAUAGAAUACUUAGACAGAGCAGAACAGUUGAAGGCUUACCUAAAGAAAAAGGAAAAUGCCCCUCCUAAACCAGUAAAGGAAGGUGGACCACGUUCUGAGGAUAAAGGAAAUGAUAGUGAUGAUGGAGAUUCAGAAGAUCCAGAAAAGAAAAAGCUGAAGACUCAACUUCAAGGUGCCAUUGUCAUGGAGAAACCAAAUGUGAAAUGGAAUGAUGUUGCUGGACUUGAAGGUGCAAAGGAAGCCCUCAAAGAAGCUGUGAUUUUGCCAAUAAAAUUCCCUCAUCUUUUCACAGGUAAGAGAACUCCAUGGAGAGGAAUCCUUCUCUUUGGACCUCCAGGAACAGGGAAGUCCUACUUGGCCAAGGCUGUGGCUACAGAAGCAAAUAACUCUACAUUCUUCUCCAUAUCCUCUUCGGAUCUUGUGUCGAAAUGGUUAGGAGAGAGUGAAAAAUUGGUAAAGAAUUUGUUUCAGCUUGCCAGAGAACACAAACCCUCGAUCAUUUUUAUUGAUGAAGUUGAUUCACUGUGUGGAUCAAGAAGUGAGAAUGAAAGUGAAGCUGCUCGUCGAAUUAAAACAGAGUUUCUAGUGCAGAUGCAAGGGGUUGGAACUGAUAAUGAAGGCAUAUUGGUUUUGGGAGCAACAAAUAUACCAUGGGUGUUGGAUUCUGCUAUCCGGAGAAGGUUUGAAAAACGGAUUUACAUCCCUCUUCCUGAAGAGCAUGCUCGAGCUAGUAUGUUCAAGCUUCAUCUCGGGACAACCCAAAACAGCCUCACAGAAGCAGACUAUCGAGAGCUAGGAAAAAGAACACCUGGAUAUUCUGGUGCUGACGUCAGCAUCAUUGUGCGUGAUGCCCUAAUGCAGCCAGUCAGGAAAGUUCAAUCUGCCACUCACUUUAAAAGGGUACGAGGUAAAUCUCCUCUCGAUCCAAAUGUAAUCCGUGACGAUCUCCUUACCCCAUGCUCUCCUGGUGAUCCAAAUGCUGAAGAGAUGACCUGGAUGGAUGUUCCAGGAGAUACAUUGCUGGAGCCAGUUGUAUGCAUGGCUGACAUGAUGAGGUCAUUAUCAAACACCAAACCUACAGUAAAUGAACAAGACUUGGAAAAAUUAAAGAAAUUCACAGAAGACUUUGGACAAGAAGGUUAAACCACCUAAAAAUCAACACAGACCAUUGGUAUUUUGUUCCUCUAGCUUAGAUAUUAUUUACUUGUAAAAAAUGGCAUACAAACCAGGGGAUGCAUGCCAGUAUACAGACAUCUUAAGCAAAAUGGAAAAAAUACUGAAUUUCAACAGUUCAUAGCUCUUGUAAAAUAUAUAUGUAUAUUCUAGCGUCUACUGUAAAUUGUUUACUGCAAAGCCUCCAGGCUGCCAUUUAUUGACAGCAUUCCUACCACGUGUAAUCAGAGUUGCCUGAACUUCGUGAAAAGGUUCUUGGGGAAUUACACAGAAAACACAGAUUUAUUUUAAGAUGCAUAAUCUUUGUAUGAAUGUUGAAGUUUGGAAAUUGAAGUUCAUACACUACUCUGCUGUUACCUUCUCCAUACAAAAAAAUAA